AUGAAUGAAAAUUUUACGGAUGAUCAUGCUAUCUUAGUUGAGAAUUCAUUCGCUGCACAACAUCGUCAUGUUGGCAAUGAGCAACGUGAAAACUCAACGCAAAAUCAAUUUAAUUCAGCAGAAGGUACCAUGGUUACUAAUAAAACGAAGGUGUCACCAAUGACUCCAACACCAUUAGAAUUUUCGUGUUGGUCACGACAUCGAUCUUCAAUUGCUGUAGGUGCAUUUGCUGUAUUCACAAUUAUAGCAAUAACUAUUGGUGUAUUGACAGUUUGUUUCACUUCAUCAAAAACUACUGGUAUGUUCUUUUUUAUUGAUAUUUUAGCUACUUUUGUAGCUGUAGGCGAUUUCAACAAGGACACUUGGCUAGAUAUCAUUGUUGCCAACUAUUAUAGCAAUGAUGUGAGUGUCCUUCUUGGAUAUGGAAAUGGUUCUUUUGAGAAUCAAACAAAAUAUUCGGGUGGCAAUCGUGUAACAGCUCUAGCCAUUGGUGAUUUCAACAACGACACUCAAUUAGAUAUCGUUCUUGCUAAUUGGUUUGACAAUGAUAUUAGUGUCCUUCUUAGAAAUGAGAAUGGCUCUUUUGUGAAUGAAACAAGGUAUUCUGUUGGCUCCCAUCCACAAGCUGUGGCUGUUGAUGAUUUCAAUAACGACACUCGAUUAGAUAUCAUUGUUGUCAACGAAGGAAGUAAUGAUGUAAGUGUUCUCCUUGGACAUGGCAAUGGAUCUUUUGAAAUUGACACAAGGUAUUCAGUUGGUUCUCAUCCAGAAGCUAUAGCUAUUGGUGAUUUCAACAACGACACUAGAUUAGAUAUCGUUGUUGCUAAUUUUGAUAGCAACGAUGUGAGUGUCCUGCUGCAAUCAAACAGAGGAGCAAUUGAAUAUAAAAUGGCUUUCGCACCUGGCGGCGGUUCUAGCCUUCGAUGUGUAGCCAUUGGUGAUAUGAACAGCGACACUCAUCUAGAUAUUAUUGUGGCUAAUUAUGGCACCAAUAAUAUAGGCAUCCUUUUUGGAUAUGAGAAUGGCAGUUUUGAAAAUCAAAUUAUGAUCGACACUGGCUCAAAUUCUCAUCCGAUUUCUCUCGCUAUUGGUGACUUCAAUGGUGACAAGAAAAAGGAUAUUGCUGUGGCCAAUUAUGGUACUAAACAUGUAGAUAUGAUGCUUGGAGAUGACAAAGGAACAUUUGUGAGUCAAACAAGUUAUGAAAUUGCUUUCGAUAUCCAUCCGCUAGUUAUGGCUUCUGGUGAUUUUAAUAAUGACAAACAAUCGGAGAUCGCUAUCGCUUACGAUGGAAGUGACAAUGUGGAUAUCUUUGCUGCGUACGAUCAUGGGUCUUUUGCAGCUAAAACUGAGUAUUCCAUUGGCAUUAAUCCACGUUCUAUAGCUAUUGGUGAUUUCAACAAAGACACUCGACUAGAUAUCAUUAUUGUCAACGAAGGUAGCGAUGAUGUCAGUGUCCUCCUGGGUUUUGGAAAUGGUUCUUUUGAAACUGAAACAAGAUAUUCAGUUGGCUCCUAUCCAGAAGCUAUAGCUGUUGGUGAUUUCAACAACGACACUCGACUAGAUAUCGUUGUUGCCAAUUGGUUUGACGAUGAUGUGAGUGUCCUUCUUGGAACUGGGAAUGGUUCUUUUGCAAAUCAAACAAGGUAUUCAGCUGGCUCUGAUCCACAAGCUAUAGCUAUUGGUGAUUUCAACGAUGACACUCGACUAGAUAUUGUUGUCGCCAAUUCUUACAGCAAUGAAGUAAGUGUUCUUCUUGGAUAUGGAAAUGGUUCCUUUGCGCCUAAAACAAAUUUUUCAGUUGGCUCUUAUCCAGAAGCUAUAGCUAUUGGCGAUGUCAACAACGAUAAUCGAUUAGAUAUCAUUGUCACCAAUGCGGCUGGCAAUAAUGUGAGUAUCCUGCUUGGAUAUGGUGAUGGUUCUUUCAAGAAUCAAUCAAUGUAUUCAGUUGGUAUUUAUCCACGUUCUGUAGCUAUCGGUGAUUUCAACAACGACACUCGACUCGAUAUCGUUAUUGCCAAUUAUCAUAGCAAUGAUGUGAGUGUUCUUCAUGGAAAUGGGAACGGCUCUUUUGGGAAUGAAACCAAGUAUUCAGCUGGCACUCGUCCACAAGCUGUAGCUGUAGGUGAUUUCAAUGGAGACACUCGAUUAGAUAUUGUUGUCGCGAAUGUGGCUGGCAAUAAUAUAAGUAUUCUUCUUGGAUAUGGGAAUGGUUCUUUUGAAAAACAAACGAAGUAUUCAGCUGGCUCUGGUCCACUAGCUAUAACUUUUGGUGAUUUCAAUAAUGAUACUCGACUAGAUAUCAUUGUUGUCAAUUAUCAUAGUAAUGAUAAAACAAAAACCGAUGUUUUCAAAUAUCUAUUAACAUUAACAUGUUCACAAUAUUCACAUAUAGCCAGAUAA